AUGAUUUGUCUCGGUGAAAAUAAAAUGUGCACGACGAUCAGAGCAAAUGUUCACGUAAAUGAAAGUAAAAAAGGAAAUCAUUACACCGGUCAUAAAACUAAGUACUAAAAGUGUACCGGACACAUUUAAAUUACCAAAAAGAUCGUGACGCGAUAAAUCAUUUUGGUAUAAAUGUGCCUGUUAUCAACUCUUAACAUAUUGCAUUACAUAGAUAAUAUCGAAAACGAUUUAUACCUAGAUCUUAGAUUUAUCCAGGUGGUUUAAUAAUUAUCGGAUAACUCAUUUCGCGUUCGGCUGGAUAAUAUAUAAAACAUACGUUUAUCUAUAGAUAAAACACUACACCGAUUAAUAUCUAUUUAAUAUUAUAAUUUUAAAUAUAUUUACUAUAUUAUAACAGAACUAUAACUUUAGGAGGGAAUGGAGGUCCUAUAGGAACUAUAGGAGGUCAAUGGAAAUUCUUAAACGGCCGCUCGAGAUUUUUACCCACACCUCUGUACUCGACGAAAACCGAAAAGACGCCCCAUCCAUCAUCCCGACCCGUAAUCCCAAUAUCCUAUUUAUCUGCUAUCAAGGAACGGUAA